AUGUGUUCUGGAGCAGGAAUGUGUUCAAAAGCUGCAGGACAGUAGCGCUCUGGAGUUGCUGAUCCCUGUUUUAUGGUGUUUAACAGUAACUUUGCACAUCCUGAACCCUCAGCCACAGGUCGAUGUUGUUUCAUGACUACGUUUAUUUCACCAGAGCACUUCCUGCUGCUGUAAACCUCUAACAGGCUGAACUUCAGCCCAGUUAGCUCACUCCCAUCACCCACCAACCUCCUCUGCCUGUCGGAGCUGGCAGUCAUUCCAGCCUUCGCUCUGAGGGAGACUGGAAGCACAGACAGCGAGUUCAGGUUGGUUCAAGAAACAUCUGCAGGCUGCAUCGCUCCCGAAAUGUAUCGGCUGAUCCUGUUGACACUGGCAGUGUCAUUCAUGGUAAAUGGAGGGAAAGUCUUGGUCUUCCCUUUGGAUGGAAGUCACUGGGUCAACAUGAUCGUCAUCAUAGAAGAGCUUUACGCUAGAGGUCAUGACGUUACCAUGGUGUGGCCAUCAAAUUCCUGGUACAUCAAGCCAGACUCCCCCUACUACAAGUCCAUUCGUAUAAAUAUUACAGCAGGUUUUGAUCCAAAAAGCUUUGGCUCAUAUGUAACAAGAACCUUAAACAUGAAGCGCCAAAGUUCUUCAUUGUGGACUCACAUGUCUUUGGAGUAUGAGCUACUCACACAGUUCUAUCAGAUGCAUAUGCAUGCGCUUCAAAUGGUUGAACAGAUUUUUGAGGAUGAAGCACUAUUGCAGAGUCUCCGUGAUGCCAAAUAUGACCUGGUUCUUACUGAUCCUGCAAUUGGUGGAGGAGUACUUCUGGGUCACCGUUUGGGUCUCCCACUUGUCUAUAAUGUCAGAUGGACGAUUCAGGGAGAGGGGCAUCAAGCUAUUACACCUUCCCCACUUUCUUAUAUCCCCACAACAGGGUCAAUGCUGACUGAUAGAAUGACAUUUAUGCAGAGGGUCAGGAACAUCAUUAUUUAUAUUCUAACACGCACCCAUAUUUGGUUUAUGAUAGAACCAAACUACAAACCCUUUGUCCAUCGUCACUUUGGCAAAGACGUACAUUACAUGGAGCUGUUCCAAUCAGCCGACAUCUGGCUGAUGAGAAACGACUUCACCUUUGAGUUUCCACGACCAACAAUGCCAAACAUCAUCUACAUGUCAGGAUUCCAGUGCAAACCCUCCAARCCUCUCCCCAARCAACUGGAGGAGUUUGUACAGAGUUCUGGAGAACAUGGUGUCAUUGUGAUGACAUUGGGGACAUUGGUAGAAAAACUCCCUGAVGACAUGGCUGARGACAUUGCUGCUGCUUUUGCUGAGCUUCCCCAGAAGGUGAUCUGGAGGCACAAAGGAAAGAAGCCAUCCUCCCUUGGCAACAAUACCCUAAUCUUGGACUGGUUGCCCCAAAAUGACCUCCUUGGUCAUCCCAAAACCAAAGUGUUUGUGGCUCAUGGAGGCACCAAUGGAAUGCAAGARGCMAUCUAUCAUGGCGUUCCCUUGGUCGGCUUGCCACUCAUGUUYGAUCAGCMAGACAACUUCUUCAGGAUGGCAUCAAGAGGGGUUGCCAAAGUCCUGGACUAUGGAACUGUAAAUAAAGACGUCUUCUUGGAGGCUCUGAAGGAGGUUCUCUAUGAGCCUUCGUACAGAGAGAAGAUGAAGGAGCUGUCCAGCCUCCACAGGGAUCAGCCCAUGAAGCCUCUGGACCGAGCCAUGUUCUGGAUCGAGUUUGUCAUGAGGCACAAAGGAGCAGCCCAUCUGAGGACCGAGUCCUACAAGAUGUCCAUGAUCCAAUACCACUCUGUUGAUGUUUUGGCAUUCCUGUUGAUAAUUGUUCUGCUGCUCUUAGCUGUUUUUAUUUCUAUAGUCAAGUGUUUAUGGAGGAGAGUAUUUCAUCGAACCAAAGCCAAAAAGGAAUAAUUUUCAUGACCAUAAACAUCUUUACAUGCACUUCAUCACAACAAAAAUAUUGAAGUACAUGAAAACAAAUAGGAUUAUGUAGCUGAAUGGGCUGACCUAAAUUAGUUUAAUCAUUAUUUAAGGACAAUCAGAGUAUAAGUUGGAAAUCAAUCUAAGUUUCUUCAGUCACAGAAAGGAAUGACGGUAAAACCACAGAUUUCUGUUGAAGCUACUUUUCUCUGAAGUCUGCCUAUAAAAAUUAUGUUUCUGAAUUUCUAAUAUUUAUAAUUUAUAUUCUAAUUUCUAUUUCUGAGGAGAAGUGAGAAGCUCUUCAUCAGAUGUCAUUUUGAUAUAUAAAUUUAAAAACUAAGUAAAACAUGGUAUUUUUACAUGACAGGAAUAAUCAAAGGUUUCAUUGGAAUAUGGUGUUAUAUUUAUAAUUUAUUGGUUAAUUAGCAGAAAAAUUGCCUGAAGUUUGCAGGAGUGAUAACAAAAUGAUGGGUUUAAGGUAAUUAUGAAUGUUUUUGAAUUAUUUUUGUUAUUCAAUAGAAACUGCAUGAAUAAAUGAGCCCGACAUGUUUUUUUAUUCUCUGCAGGAACAAAAUGUUCAUGUUAAUGUAUGAAUUAAUGAAGUAUGAGUUUGAUUUAAUAAAGUUUAAAAAAAAAAUUUUAUAAUAACAUUUGUCAUUAAAGCAAACAUCUUGCUUUAUAAUUAUUAAACAUCAUUUGGGCAA